GAAACCGCUCUCGAAGAGCUGAGGUGAGGACUUCAUACCUGCAACGUCAGGUCCACUAAAGAAAGACAGACCUUUGCUUCUUUAUUUUGUUUAAAGUUCAGUCAGACUUCAACUACGAUGCGGAUUAGGAUUUGGUGAACGCACCAGGUUUGCGUGCUCCUUUUUUUUAAGGCGCGGCGCGCUGAGAUGCGCACUUAUUCUUCUCUGUCAAGAGUCACUUUUGUUCAUCCAGCGACAACUUUAAAGUAAUCACUUUUGCAUUUGCUUAAGUAGAUGCAGCUCGUGACCCCUGCAUUCAAAGCCAGAUCCCACUGUCUACCGCCUCUGCGGAAGCCAAAGCAAAAAAACCGAGGGAAAUCAUAAAAACUAGGGAUUGUUGAGGAAUCGCUCUUCAAUAAGGGAAACGUGGACACAAUAAUGGCUUUCUGUCUUCAGUCUCUGUUGUUGUUGCUCUUGGUUUUCUUUCAGCUAAGCAACGCUUUGAACUCUGAUGGAGAGGCUCUGUUGGCCCUUUCCAGCAGUUUGAUACUUCCUCAGUCAGUGAACUCUACUUGGAAUUCAUCAGACCCAAGUCCCUGUGGAUGGGCAGGAAUCAGUUGCAACAGAGGUGGAUUCGUGAUUUCAUUUGAGCUUCCCGAGCUUCAAAUUUCUGGUUCACUGGGCAAAGAAAUUGGGUUGCUAAAUCAUCUGAUGAAACUAGAUCUUGGUGUCAACAAUCUUUCUGGACUUAUUCCCUCAGAACUAGGCAAUUGCUCCCUUCUUGAAUAUUUGGAUCUCUCAAACAACUUCAUUUCAGGUGAGAUUCCAAUGACCCUUGAGAAACUCAAGAAGUUGUCAUACCUUUCACUUUACAAUAAUUUGCUGAGUGGACAAAUACCAAGUCUUUUGUUCCACAAAAUGUCUCUUGAGACUAUUUACCUUAAUGAAAACAACCUCAACGGCUCAAUUCCUUCCUUUGAUGAAAAUGCAUGCAGGGUUAAAUUUCUAUGGCUUAGUCAAAAUAAUCUUUCUGGUUCAUUACCUGCUUCAAUUAGUAAUUGCACCGAGUUAGAGGAGCUCUAUCUAUAUGCGAACCAGUUGACCGGACCUAUUCCUUGGACCAUAAAUAACCUCACAGAAGUAGAUGUUAGUGAAAAUGAUCUACUGGGGAACAUCCCUUUCAACUCAAAAACAUGCAAGUUGGAGAGUCUAGUUAUGUCCUUCAACCGAUUUGACGGUGAACUUCCUGCGACAUUGGGUAAUUGCAGUAACUUAAAGAACCUUGCUAUUGUUGACAAUCACUUGUCAGGGAGAAUACCAUCAACACUUGGUUUGUUGACAAAGCUUGAGAUUCUUUAUCUAUCUAUUAACUCUUUGUCAGGGUCAAUUCCCUCUGAGAUAGGCCAAUGUCAAUCAUUGAUUUCAUUGCAGUUGUAUGAUAAUCAACUAGAAGGGAUUGUUCCAAGAGAAUUGGGUAAUUUGAAAAAUCUAGAAAGUCUUUUACUUUUUAGUAAUAAUUUGACCGGAGAGCUUCCGAUUGAAAUUUGGAGAAUCCUAAACUUGACAACUAUACUUAUCUAUGACAACAACUUCUCUGGGCAACUACCUGUGGAGAUGUGUCAAUUAAAAAGUUUGAGUAACAUUUCUAUCUAUGACAAUCAAUUCACAGGGGUCAUUCCUCAAUGCUUGGGAAUCAACAGUAGUUUGGUGCAAGUUGACUUUACAAAUAGUGGUCUUGUUGGCAACAUCCCUCCUAAUAUUUGUUUCAGAAAUCAAUUGAUCUCUAUGACAUUGGGCUAUAAUAUGCUUAAUGGGACAAUACCUUCGGGAGUUGGAAAUUGCUCAAGUUUGCAGAGGUUAAUUCUUAGUAACAACAACCUUAGUGGCUCAAUUCCAGAUUUUUUUGUGACAUCAAGUUUAUUGUAUGUUGAUUUAAGUUUCAACAAACUCAAUGGACAAAUUCCUCAAAGUGUAGGAAACUGUGUGAAUCUGACCAUGAUUAACUUGUCAAUGAAUAUGAUUGAUGGAUUGAUACCUCAACAAAUGGGAAACCUAGCCAACCUUCAACUUCUCAAUCUAUCCAAUAACAAUUUGUAUGGUCCAUUGCCUUUUGAAUUAUCAGAAUGUCGUAGGUUAUAUGUGUUAGACUUGGGAUUCAACUCUUUCAAUGGAACAAUACCAGCAAGCUUCGGAAACUUAUCUAGUCUAUCUCAGUUAAUACUGCAAGAGAAUCAAUUUAGCGGAGGAAUUCCGGAUUUCUUAUAUGAGUUAAAUGAACUGAUUGAGCUACAAUUUGGAGGAAACAAGUUGGGAGGCAGCAUUCCGCAAUCAUUUGGUUCAUUGCAAAACUUGAAAGUGGCCUUAAACCUCAGUGAUAAUGAACUAGUAGGACAACUUCCAAUGGAGUUGAAGAAUUUGAAUAUGCUACAAAGCUUUGAUAUUUCUUUUAACAAUCUAACAGGAAGUUUGAUACCCGUAAGUGAUCUCAGUUCAUUAACAUACAUCAAUAUUUCAUUCAAUGACUUUAAUGGUUCACUGCCGAGAGGUUUGUUUAAGCUUGUAGAAUCAUUACCAAGCUCGUUUAUAGGAAAUCCUCAACUUUGCAUCUCAUGUCAGAUAGGAGAUUCUACAUGCACAAACAUCACUAUAUUAGAACCAUGCAACGUGCCAAAUAAUAAUUCCAAAGGUUUGUCCAAGAUGAAGAUUGUAAUCAUAUCUCUUGCUUCAGUUUUGCUAUGUGUUCUAGUGCUUUUCCUUGUGGGAUUUUUCUUUCUCGGGUGCAAAAGAAAGAAAGUUGGCGUUCCAUCCUUGCAAGAAGGUUCUUCUUUCCUACUAAACCAAGUGAUUGAAGCCACUGAGGAUUUCAAUCAGCAAUAUGAAAUUGGUAGAGGAGCUCAUGGGAUAGUUUAUAAGGCAGCCCUCGAUAUAGGAAAAAUAUAUGCCGUAAAGAAGAUUGUUUUCCCACAUCAGAAAGAAUCAAUUACAAGCAUGAUAAGGGAAAUCCAAACUAUUGGGAAAAUCCGGCAUAGAAAUUUAGUGAAAUUGGAAAAUUUUUGGUUGAAAGGUGAAUAUAGACUUAUAUUGUAUGAGUAUAUGGCAAACGGUAGCCUCCAUGAUGUUCUUCAUGAAAUCAAGCCGGCGCCCGUUCUGGAGUGGAAGGUGAGAUACAAGAUAGCCAUUGGCAUUGGCCAUGGGCUAGAUUAUCUUCACAACCACUGCAGCCCUGCGAUUAUCCACCGUGACAUAAAGCCUAAAAACAUAUUGCUGGAUGCUGAAAAGGAGCCACAUAUCUCAGAUUUUGGGAUUGCUAAGCUUGAUCAACAUUCUAUUCAGUCAACUGCUAUUAUGGGCACCCUUGGUUAUAUUUCACCAGAGACCGCCUACACGACUAGAAGGAGCAAGGAGUCAGAUGUGUACAGUUAUGGAGUCGUCUUACUCGAACUCAUAACCAGAAAGAUGGCCAUCGACCCUUCAUUCUCGGAAAAUAUGGACAUAGUAAGAUGGGUGACUUCCUCCUUGAACGGCAGUAGUAAAAUAGAAGCUGUCAUGGAUGAAGAUCUUGUGAACGAAGUCACAGGUACUUCAGAGAUUGAAGAAGUGAACAAGGUUGUUUCCUUAGCCAUGAGAUGUGUAGCAAGGGAGGCAAGAAUGCGGCCUUCAAUGCAGAAUGCUGUCAGGGAGCUGCAAGAUAUCAAGUCUAGAUUUGCUGAUGCUCAGAAACAGAAGAAACCUGAACCUACAACUAGUAUAUAAAAUCUUAUUUAUUUUUCCACCUCUUUUUUCAAGAGUAUGCAUUUAAAGUUCUUGAUAUGAAUGGUGCUGAAUUAGACUGGACAAGUGUUUUGUAUCAUAGAAAAGUUCUAUUUAGUAUCACUAACAAGUCUCUCUUUGUUAAGGCUUAGGGACUGCAAUCGUAGAAAGGUCAAAUUCUGUCUGUCACGUAGAGUUUUGUGUGUAUCUAAUCUAACAGAGGGUGCGGAAAGCUGGGGAACCACAGCACCGCUUGGUUGAUGGAGCGACGCAGAGGAGCCGCCAGACUGCUAGAUAUGAACCAAUUCAGAGACCAUAAAUGAGCUCACAAAAGUUAAUGUUGGUGAAACUGAAUAUCCCUUUCAGCCCAAAUAAUUGCAAGUUGGAGAGAUUAAUUUUGUUCUUUAACCAAUUUGACGGUGAACCUCCAGUG